CUGCAAGAUAAUCGACUUAGCGACUUUGAUGAGAAUAGUCGACUUCGACUUUUUGAACAAUGUUGAUGGUUCGAAAUUCGUGUUUUAGAACCCUACUCACUAUUUACUUUUGUUAAUUAAUGAAUUACUUUCAUUUCCGUCGUGGGUAUCUUCACAGACGUGCUGUUUUAUUAUUACAUAUAUAUCAAGAAAUAAUAACAUAUAAAAAUUAUACAAUGGAAGAAUAUGCUAGAGAACCAUGUCCAUUUCGUAUAGUUGAUGAUUGUGGCGGUGCUUUUGCAAUGGGUUGUAUUGGAGGGGGAAUAUUUCAAGCUAUUAAGGGUUUUAGGAAUGCUCCUUCUGGAAUGAAUAAAAGAUUGAUUGGAAGUUUGACAGCUAUUAAAAUAAGAUCUCCUGUAAUUGCUGGCAAUUUCGCUGUAUGGGGUGGCAUGUUUAGUACCAUUGACUGUACACUUGUACAUUUUCGUAAAAAGGAAGAUCCGUGGAAUUCAAUUAUAAGUGGGUUUGCGACAGGCGGUAUUCUUGCAGCAAGAAAUGGUAUUCCCGCUAUGGCUGGAAGUGCUAUUAUUGGCGGCGUUUUAUUGGCUUUGAUUGAAGGAGUUGGAAUUUUAUUUACGAGACUUUCUUCGGAACAAUUUCGCAAUCCUUUGCCCCCAAAUGAAGAUCCAAGUGUCUUAGAUGAAACCUCAAAAUUUGGAUUUGGCACAACAUCUAAACAUGAACAGUAUCAAUAAAAUGUUAUUUUUAGAUUAAUUUAUAUUGUUAAUAAAUCACAUAAUGCUGUGUCUAUAACCGCAA